CGACACAGCAAGAUAUAACUCAAACAACUGAUAGGUUCAAACUUACCGUGGACAUAAGAGAGAUGAGAACUGAAGUUGGAUCUGUGACCAUUCCAAUGGUUGAGAAUGAAUCUCGCAGAACCCUCAGUUACAAAUGCAACAAGGAUUCACGUCUGACUUCUCCGACUGCCUGUCCCCAGAUCAAGAGCCCCUUUCAAGAGACUUCACCCAAGCUAAUGGAGACCAGCAGCGCCAGUUGCCAAGCAGAGCCAGAGAGUUACCAGCUGGAAAUCACCAGCACAUGCUCAGCUAUCAGCACAGUUGGCAAUGCCAGCCUCUCACUGGAACAGGCUGUCAUGUUAGUCCUGGCUGUUGAGAAAUUCAAAAAGAAAUUGAAGCAGGCGUCUGGUGAUGGCUGGGAAUACGAUGGAGACUCUUUCAUGGACACUGACUUGCUGGGGAACUUCAGGGCGAUCAUCGAGGAAGCCACCACCUGCAGCAGCUAUGAUGAUGCUGAAAAUCUGAGCAGCACUUACAGAUUCAUGUCGAGCGAAUGCCGCCAGGUGAAGGAUGAUCAAGACAGAUCCCUGAUCCUCUCGGAGAAUCUCCAGCUCCUGGCCAUGACCUUGCAGCAGCCAAAGAAUGCAGUUCAAUUGGAUAUGAGGUACUACAAGACAGCUGCAGGCAAUGACGUUGAAGGUUUGCCUGUUGUUCUGAAAAUCAGCAGCCAGAACCUGUACCUCUCAUGCACAGGACCACAAGACAGACCCAUCAUGCAGCUGGAGAAAUGGGACCAGAAUCUGCAGAAUAUCAACAGCGCCACUGACCUGCUUCGAUUUGUGUUCUUUAAGAAGGUCUUCAGCUCUGGCCUGCACUUUGAGCUUGAAUCAGCCAAGUACCACGGCUGGUACAUCAGCACCUCCAGAAAGAACAGGCAGCCUGUCGAAAUGGAUGAGAAGGAGAACCACAAGCGAAUCACAGUUUUCACAGCUGACUGAGACCAUCCCAGUCUCAGGACAGUUCAGAACCCAAACCAGAAAUAGUUGGUUUAGAGAGAGAGUGUGUAUGUACUAAGUACAGAAUUUUAAAUCCAUUUGGAUCAGAUUAGUCUAAUGGGUAGCUGAUAAAAUUGUCAUUUCAUUAAAACCUAACCAAAAUAAUUUAUGUAAAAACAUCAGUGAAGUACAGGUGGCAAUAUUUGCUACUGUUUUACACGUGUGUUAUUUACAUUUAAACUUGAGUGUGACUAAGUUGUCAUGUUUUGUAACUUGAAUAUUAGUAAUUGUUUAAUUUUUAAAAUAUUUAUUGUUAUUAUUAUUAUUUAAAUUCUUCACUAAUUUAUUACUGUACUGGAUACAGUCUCUUCCUUUCUUGAUUAAAUUAAGUUAUUUUUCAAA